AUCGGGAGAUCGGUUGUCUUACAGUCUCUAACCUUCUCCGCAGAUUUUGUGUAUUUGUCGUGUGCACAGACACGUCCUGUGGACCGAGAACUGACAGGCCCCAGUCCUCAGAUCCUGCCUGGCCUGUAUAUUGGCAACUUCAAAGAUGCCAGAGAUGCAGAACAGUUGAGCAGGAACAAGGUGACCCACAUCCUAUCUGUCCAUGAUAGUGCCAGACCCAUGUUAGAGGGGGUUAAAUACCUGUGCAUUCCAGCAGCGGAUUCACCAUCUCAAAACCUGACAAGACAUUUCAAAGAAAGUAUUAAAUUCAUUCACGAGUGCCGGCUCCGGGGAGAGGGCUGUCUUGUCCACUGCCUGGCCGGUGUCUCCAGGAGUGUGACGCUGGUGAUCGCGUACAUCAUGACCGUCACUGACUUUGGCUGGGAAGAUGCCCUGCACACUGUGCGUGCAGGCAGGUCCUGUGCCAACCCCAACCUGGGCUUCCAGAGACAGCUCCAGGAAUUUGAGAAGCAUGAAGUCCAUGAGUACCGGCAGUGGCUGAAGGAGGAGUAUGGAGAGAGCCCUUUGAGGGAUGCAGAAGAAGCCAGGAACAUUCUGGCCACACCGGGCGUUCUGAAGUACUGGGCCUUUCUCAGAAGACUGUAACACACCUGAAGUCGGAAAUGCUGCAGAGCCACCGAGUUUAGUCUGGUGCUGCCAGAAAGAAAACCUAGAGUUUAAGUGUCCAGAACUUUUCUGUGAACUUGUCUGUUGUUUUAAAUGGAGUACCUGUGUAAUCGUGUUGUUACAUGUUGAGCACUGAGGACACUCUUAGCGAGAGGACAUGUUUUUGCCUUAAUUCCAGUGCUGCGGCGAUGCCUUUGACCACAAUCUUGGUGCCUGGGCAGCAGUCUCGACAGUCCUGCUGCCAUCCUGACUGUAGCCUCUGGUCACGUGCUUCAGUCUCCCAGCUGGCAUAUCUCUCUUGGUGCGUCUUACCCAUGGUUUAUGUUCUCUCCAUGGUGACAUUUACCAACAGCUACACACUUUUAUUAAUAAAAGGUAGCGUAGCCACAUUUCA